UUGUUAAUUAAAAUCAAAUUAUACUUAGUUUAUUAUUAUGAUUAUUUUAUAAAUUUAACUAUUAUACUUAUUAAAAUUUAAAAUAGAUUUUGCAAUAAAUUAUUGUACUCAAAAUAUAAUAACUAAUUUUUUUCAUAAAAUUUCGAAAUUAAUGGGGACAAAAUAAAUAUAUUAUAUUUUAUUAAAUAAAUUAAAACGCAAUAUCUACUUAUAUAAUAUAAUAAUAUAAAAAAUAAUAAUACUACUUAGUUCAAAGAACAAAAAUAUAACAAAUAUAUAUGAAAUACACAUAUAAAUAUAACAAAGUAUUGGAAUUGAAUUAAAACAAAAAAAAUUCAACACAUUAUUAUUUAGUUAGAAUAUAAAAACAACAAAAACACUCAUUUUAAUUAAAUAUACAUAUAUAUAUAUAUAUAUAUAAUUAUUAUCAAAAAAAAUUAUAACAAUAUUAUAGCAAUUAAUAAUAAUAAUAACAACAACAACAACAAUAAUAAUAAUUAAUUAAAAUAAAUAACAAAAAAAAAAAUAGCAUACAUCAUAAUUUCAUAGAAGGAUAUUAAAAAUUAAAAAUUUAUUCAAGACAAUCAUCACCACCACCAUCGCAUAGGCUACAAUGUUCUGGUAGCCAAGAGAGUUUUGCCGUAGAACAUUACUGCGGCAUAAACCAACAGAUAAGUAGCUCAAGUGUUCAAUGGACACAAAUACCAAAUUGUGGUGGACCAAUGUGUCAUCAUGGUCCUGGGCCUGGACCACCAAUACCACCAGCACCAGGACCACCACAAUCAACAAUACCAAAUACAUCACAAUUAAGUGGUAUUGGGAGUGGUUCUACAGGUGGUCAUUUAUUAGGUUCCCACAAUAUUGGCAUUGGUGGUGUUGGUCAUGGUCAUAAUUGUAAUAAUACAUCAAAUAAUCCUGGUAAUAUACAUCCAGUUAAUAGUGGAAUAGGAGUUGGAAAUGUAAGUGGAAAUAUAGGAGGUGUAGGUGGAGGAGGAGGAGUAGUAGGAGGUGGUGGAGGAGGAGUUGGAUUAGGAGUUAGUGGCGGAGGUGGUUUAAAUUCAAUAUUAAAUAAUAGUAGUGGUGGUGGUAAUAGUGGUAAUAAUCUUGGUGUAAAUAUAAUUGGCGCUAAUAAUAUUGGAAGUGGUAAUAGUGGUAAUCAAAUACCGCCACCACCACCACCAUUAUGUAAUCCAUGUAGUUCAAAUAAUUUUAAUACAGUACCAUUACCAGGACCAUCAUCAUCAAGAUGGGGUCCAAGAACAUCAUGCCCAGUACAUAGUCCUUUUAGAGUACGUGUACCAAAUGGUUCAAUAUGCUCUGGACAUCAGGUAUGUAAACAUUCAGUAAGCAAUGAACUUUAAAUUUAAACAAGUUUCUAGUAAGUAUUAUAAUUUUUGUCAAUACUACUCUUGCAUUCUAUUUUAGGAACUAUGUGUGUACUUAUUUCCUAAACAACUAAUAAUUAUUAUGAUUUUAUUUUGUGUACCUCCGUUUUGGCUCUUGAAUAAUGCUCUGUGCAUUGCAGUCUUAAAAUAAACUGCAUAAUUAUGAUUGAAACAACGAAGGUUAAUUUUUAGGACUAUCUUAGAACAUAGCAUUUAACAGAAUAAUUAAUAUAGUAAUUACAACAAAGAAUAUUUUUAAAAAUAAACGAUAAAUUAUUUACAUCAGUGGUUUUCAAGCUUUUUUGCUUGUGGCUCAAAUUUUUUUAGCUCAAAUUUUCAUAUUAUUACUGUGAAAAUUUUCAAAAAAAAAAGUGCAGCAUUUUCGAAAAAAUUUUUUUAUAAAUCUCAUUGAGAAAUUUUAUGUAGUGAAAUAUUUCUAAUACGAAUAAGUCAGUAAAUGACGUAGGGUAAAAUUUUUGCAAGAUUUCAAACUAAUUAGCAGUAUGCAGUUGUUUUAUUAGAAGAACGAUACUUCAUUGGUUCUCCGUAACAUUUAUACGAUAAAUUUUAAUGAUUUUAUUAUAACGAUUAAGUUGCACUAUAAAACAGUUUGCCGUUCUUAUUUGAUUCAAAGAUUGUUUCAAUAACAAUCCUGCUUAAAAUCAAAAAAAAACCUCGCAGCACGCAUACGUUCAUAAGCAGAACAUUUAGAAUGCUUUUCCUACAAUUUUUUUUUUUUUGGUUUUAUAAAUACAAUAAAUGACUUUCUAUUUAGCAAAAUUAAAAAAAAAAAAAUUGUUAAUAUAUUAUAGUUAAAUAAAUUUAUCUAAGAUUGUCAUAACAGAGAAAUUAUCCAUACUCAUUAUAAAUUUUUGUAAAAUUACUCAGUAAAAAGUUAUAAACCAUAAUUUUAGAAGGAAUUUUCCCAAUUUUAAACAAGUUCAAAAACAAUGUCGGACACGAUUUUAAUAAAUAUUAAUGCACAACUAACGCGAGAAAAUUAACGCAAGCGUUAGCAAUCUUGUUGCCUAGCAUUCUAGCUAUAAUUUUGUUUCGUGUGUGAGUGUUAACACAACGUAACGUAUCCCCAUUUACAAUGGCGCUAUAUGGGGAUAGCCCUUGUUGAGAAACAAGGCUUUUUACAAUAACUUAUCCUUGAAACAGCAAAAUUCGUAUUGUAUGUGAAAACUGACAUUCAAACUGUUUUUAAAAACUCUUUUUCUUUAAGCCCAUAUGGAAUCUGUAAAUAAACAGCUUUUUUUUACAAAACAUUAA